CAAUGAAUCAGCGAAAAAUUGAGAAGAAACAAAGCCAAAAAAAAAGUUACCUAGGUGAGUGAAAAUGGCGAAUAUUGUUGGCGGAGCUGGAAUUCCAAUGAUCGUGUGGAACGAAGAGGGAAAGAGAUUUGAAACAAAUGACAAAGAAGCGUAUUUGGAGUAUAAGCUCAAAAACAACGGAAAAGUGUUGGAUUUGGUACACACUUAUGUUCCUCCUUCCAAGAGAGGUUUGGGUUUGGCUUCUCAUCUCACUGUCGCCGCCUUUAAUCACGCCAACUCUCACUCCUUGUCGGUCAUUCCAUCUUGUUCUUACAUCUCUGGAACGUUUCUUGUGAAGAAUCCUUCUUGGAAUUCUGUGGUGUACAAAGAGAAUGAUGCAUCUAAUCUCUAAACCUACUAGGCAGCUUGGUGUGGUUCUAAACAGUUGUAUGUUUUCAUCAGAAUUAGGAGAUAUGGUGAUUAAGUAGCUCAGCUACUCAGAAUAAGUGUGCUUGGAUUUAUGGCAGAGAAUGCUAAAUUUGAUUUUUGUCUUCUAUCAAAAGUGAUAUUAAUAAAAACUCAGUUGUUUGGUUA